ACCUGUUGUCUUAAUUUUAUUAUAUGUUUUAAAAAAGACUUAGUCAUCAUUUUUUCAUUCAUCAUUGCAUUUUUGUUGUUGGUACUAAAAGAUUGUAACACGGGGAGAUUGUGGCAACAGCUGCCAAGACAGAUUGAAGCACGUGGUACAGAUUGUAACACGUUUUCUGAGAAGGGGCAUUGUUAUACAUUUUCAUUCAUGGCUGAAAAUGUAACAUUUAAAAGAUGUGGCAAAAGAAAAAACUGUUCCAAAUUAGCAAACCAUCAAUCAAAAUGUGACGCCAAAUAUACAGCUAAUCAAUCAUUUUGGAAAUAUUCACCUAUUCAACAACAAUUACAUUCAGAUAAUUUGUCACAAAAAAUUCGAGUACUUUCCCAACUUAAUGAAAUUAAAGUAUCACAGACAGAGCAAUUAAUUGAUGAUAUUGUGAAACUCAAAGAAGAUAAAAACGUUAUUCAACAAAGUGUUGAUGCUGCCUUAAAUAAACAAGCAGAGAUUGAAAAAGAGUUGAAUGUUUUGAACACCCAAUAUGAAAAAGUUAAGCUACUGAUUGACCAAAAGCAAUAUGCAAGAACAAAACGAUCAAAGAAUCCAACAACAGACAUUAUGAUUAAUGAUACAGCAUGUUCAACAAAAUAUCGGAGAAGAGAUGAGUCACGUAAUAUUAUGGAGUUUAUUCAUGGUGGCAGUGAUGGUGCUAUUUAUGGUGCGUGGGAUCUUCUAUGUUAUAUUACUCCAAUAAAAUUGAUGGAGCAGUUUACAGCAAAUUACAAACGAGGAAAGUUCCUUGAAAAUUUAUGUGGAUCAAUUUCAAAUAGCUAUGUCAAAAGUAAAACUGGUUUAAACAAAGCAGUUGCCUUGAAAUAUAUUAAUUUUUUAUCACAACGUAAGUACAAUAUGAUAUGCAAAGUCCAAAAAUCCACAUUUUCAGACAAUUUUUCAAAUAUUUCCUCUGUAAAUUCAGUUCAAUACGGCAAUGUCAACUAUGAAUUGAACAUGUCAAAUGUUUCAAAUGCAAACAUUGAAAAGUUUGUUAAGUCAUUGGAUAUCGGGGAAAUCCAUCAAAUUCCAGGCUAUAGUGGAGUCUCAAGAACAGUGACUGCAUUAGUAACAAUGAUAGCUGAUUUAAAUUUAAAAGUGAAAGUCCUAAACGAAAAACUUGUUUGGUUUAAUGGUAACAUUAACCAUUUUGUUGUUGAGUUUUCUGAUGAUGGAGCUCCAGAGUCUCAAGAAAAAACCAUGACGAUUGGGACUUUAUCAAUGUGGAAUUUUGGCAAUCGCAUCCGCAGUAGGGAGUUUCAUUAUCCACUACAUAUGAUAACAGCCAGUGAAAAAGAUAAAGUGUGUGAACUGUUGUGGAAGCAGCAUUCCGAAGAAAUGGAGUUGAUUGAAAGCAAUGUCUUUAACAUCAAUAACAUUAAAACAACUUUUGAAUUUGUGCCUUCAGCCGAUAUUUCAUGGUUGUGUUUUGCUGCGAAUGUGUUACCAACAAGUGCAACUUAUCCUUCUCCAUUUGCUAACGUGCAUAAAAGUGAGUUAACACAUCGAAAUAAAACUAUUGGAGGUGCUGAGGCAACAUGGCAGGUGCCAACCAUGGAUACACGACUGAAGGAAUUAACAAUCCUAAAAAAGUUUGAAAAUACACAAAAUGUGAAUGCUUCAGAAUCCGCAAGACAUAGCGAAAAGUUAAAUUUUAUGGCAGAAAACGGAAUCCGUCAACUUGGGGAACCUCAUAUUGGAAAAUUUGCUGAUUUGAUUCGCCCAGAACCACUUCAUUUAGAGAUAAAUAAUUGGCAACACGUUCUUGAUUUAAUUUAUAAAGAAUCAGUUCGCCGUGGAGUUUUUGACCAAUUUAUAGAUGCUUUAAGUAACCCACCUAAAGAAUCAGAUGAAUUAGGGUGUGGUUUAAAGUUUCUUGCUAAGAAUAUUAGAAAACAUUAUGAAAAUGAAAGUAAAAAAUUGAACAAGUUAGAAACAAGGUUAAUUGGUGCUCAAGCGAUUGCAUUAGCUCAAUAUAGUUUUCGUUUGGUAGAUAUUUUACAGGUUGCUAAUGAAAGUAGUAUCGAGAAACUUAAAAGAGCUGCCUUGGCUAAGAUAUGUGAAUCUUUGCGUGAUGCUGGAGUUUUAAUCAACAAGUUUAAUUUUACAUCAGAAAAUUAUCCGGCAGAGGUGUCUAAGUACUGCAGCACUUAUUUUAAAUUAUUUUCAUUGUUUUUUCCAGAAAGCUGUCAAAGUACGGUAUGGACAAUGGGAUACGUUGUACCGUAUCAUGCAUUGGAAAUAUAUAAAAAAUAUCAUGUUGGCUAUGGAGUUUUAUCUAUGCAGGGAAAAGAAUCUAGCCAUUCAUCUAUAAAACAGCAACUUAGAAAUAACACCAAUCGAUCAGUUUCAUAUGACGAGCAAGGAAAAUGGCAUCAACUGAUGAGAUCUAAUUUUGUAAGAAACUUUUAUCUCCCUUAUCAUUUCCCUAUAAACAUCACUUAUCACUCACACUACAAAUCAAGAGUACCAGCUGACUUAAACAGCGAAUCAAUAUGUCAUUGUUCACGACAACUUAUUACAGAACAACUUUGUGAAUGUUGCAUUUUUGCAGUUCCAUUAAUGCAAUGUGUUGAGAAAGGGGAACUAACCGAAGACGUUUUGGCUAUUUUAAAACCAUACCUAUGUCAAAUUUGCAAUGAACAAUUUGCUGACAAAAACAAACUUUUUAAACACUUAACAGCACACACUAACAAACAAGUAGUCAAUAUUAUUCCAAGAGACCUUUCAUUAAAACAGUUAAAAGAUGAAUUGAGACUACGUAGUAAAAGUAUUAGUGGAAACAAGGCGGAGUUAACUAGGAGAUUGGAGGGUUUUUUAACUAAAUAAAUUAUUUUAUAUAUAA